GCCCGAGUAUCAUAUUACUCUUAAAAAAAGAAGAGAAAAGUAAAAAAAAAAAACAAAAGAGAGGGAAUCUCCCGACUUUCAGUUUUCUCACACCUUGGAGUUGGGAGUACGAGACUUGCUGCUCCUAGCCAGAAAGGGAUAGAGAGUAGCAAGGUCAAUAUCUCCUUGGUGUGAGCAAGAAAAAAGGAUAGAAACGCCUAAAAGAGAAGGAAUGGGGUCUAUGGAAUUUGAAAGCCAUAAUUGGAUAUGGGAUGGGGUUUACUACCCACAUCUGUUUGGAGGAAUAAUGAUUACAGCUGCUGUUCUUGGAUUAUCAACUAGCUAUUUUGGUGGAAUUGGGGUUGCUUGUUUGCCCUAUUUUGGGCUGGAUUUGGGGAUAUUCCAGAAGAAGAGGUAUGGUAGAAGACCUGUAAGGGUUUACAUGGAUGGGUGCUUUGAUCUCAUGCACUAUGGCCAUGCAAAUGCAUUACGUCAAGCAAAGGCUCUUGGAGAUGAAUUGGUAGUGGGAGUGGUCAGUGACGAAGAGAUCAUAGCAAACAAGGGUCCUCCUGUUUUAUCCAUGGAAGAGAGGUUGGUCCUUGUUAAUGGGCUGAAGUGGGUAGACGAGGUCAUCACCAAUGCCCCAUAUGAGAUUAAUGAGAAGUUCAUGAAUACUCUUUUCAAUGAGCUUAAGAUCGACUACAUUAUACAUGGAGACGAUCCUUGUCUACUUCCAGGUGGGACUGAUGCUUAUGCCCUUGCAAAGAAGGUGGGCCGUUACAAGCAAAUCAAGCGCACUGAAGGUGUCUCGAGCACGGAUAUUGUUGGCAGGAUACUUUCUUCUAUGAGGGACCGGGAUCGUCAGAGCAAUGCAUCCUUGCCAGAACAAUUCCAUAACCAGAGCACUACUCAUGCUGAGGAAAGUGAUUCGAAUGGAUCCCAUGUAUCUCAUUUUCUACCUACAUCUCGUCGGAUUGUGCAAUUUUCAAAUGGAAAGGGACCUGGACCAAAUGCUCGUGUAGUGUAUAUUGAUGGUGCAUUUGAUCUCUUUCAUGCUGGUCAUGUGGAGAUCCUUAAGCAUGCUAGGCAGCUUGGAGAUUUUCUACUUGUAGGUAUCCACAGUGAUCAAACUGUCAGUGAGCACAGAGGAACUCAUCAUCCAGUUAUGCACCUUCAUGAGCGGAGCCUUAGUGUGCUGGCAUGCCGAUACGUUGAUGAAGUCAUCAUUGGUGCACCUUGGGAAGUAACGAAAGACAUGAUAACAACCUUUAACAUUUCCUUGGUUGUGCACGGGACAGUCGCCGAGAGCAACCCUCUGUCGAAUGGUGAAGUUGAUCCGUAUGCCGCCCCAAAGAGCAUGGGAAUUUUCUGGAUGGUUGAGAGCCCUAGAGAUACGACGACCACUUCAAUAGCUGAGAGGAUAAUUGCCAAUCAUGACAUUUACAAGAAACGCAAUGCAAAAAAGGAGGAGAAUGAGAAGAGAUAUUAUGCAGAGAAGAAAUUUGUCUUCGGAGACUAAGGCCUACACACGCUAGUACCAAGGGCAAAAGCAGAAAUCCAGCAAAGACGACAGUAAGGGGGAGAGAGAGAGAGAGAGAGAGAGAGAGAGAGAGAGAGGCUACACCGUCUUUUUGAAAUCCAGCAAAGACAGACACAAAAAGGUUACUGGAAGGUAGAGAGUAGCAAGUAGGAAGUAGGUGUAACAUUGUAACAUUCUCUCCUUGUUGGGUUUUACUGUUUUUUAUUUUUUAUUUUUAACCUCUGGGAAUUUUGUUCAUUUGCUGCUGUAACCCAUUCAUUAAAUUUCAGACAGUUGUUGAAGAAGCAUGUAUUUGUUAUUCA